UCCAAUCUCAGACAAACGCAAAGAGGCUCAGAGCCAUCUCCUCCUCCUCCUCCUCCUUCUCCUCUGCAACUCUCUCUCUCUCUCUCUCCUCUCUCUCCUCUCAAGCAACACAGACAGCCACCAGCUCUCUCUUUCACACUCUGGAAGUUUUGACAGGGACAAUGACGGCGGUAUCCGCUGACGUCACCAAGCUAACGAAGCGUGAGAGGCCAAACAGGGUGCUUCGGGAAUUGGGAAUUCGAGCGUGUGCAGUUAAUAUUAGUGACAUGGAUGGUUCUUUGCCCACUGAUGGGGCUUUCAACUACGAGAGCGUCCUCAGCAACGACAUCCUAAGCGCUCUCGAUUUUCCCAUGGAAGACAUUGAUGACAGUGUCGAAGAUAACGAUUGGGAUACAAAGUUCCAAGACAUAGAGCCACCACCGAACAUUGAUCAGUUGCUUGGUUCAGGGAUUUUCAGCUAUGAUGACAAAAAGAAACAUACGAACCUCUCCACUCCGUAUGAACAAAUGUAUCAACCGCAAUUCCCAAGUGUUACAUGUGAAACCAUCCGCAGCAAAGGUAGCCUUCGCAAUGAUGACCGUGAAAGCAUUGGCUCUUGUGCUGCCCAAUUUGAGCCCAAAUUUGAAAAGCGCACCCGAAGCAAGCUUUCACGAAGCAGGCGUGCAAACCCUGUUAUUUUCAGUACACAGUUCAUCCCCAGUACCUCAUCCAAUUCCUCUGCCACCGAAAACUUGUACCAUUGGGAUGCUUGUAAAUUUGACAUAGAAUCCUCUCGCACAGAGGAUAUGUUGAACACUACCAAAAGAAAACAGAAGAAAACGGGAAAGCUCACCACGGAUGAACCAGGUGAGAGCCGUGAGGCUAAAAAAUGCACGCAUUGUCAAGUGACGAAGACCCCUCAGUGGAGAGAAGGGCCACUAGGGCCGAAGACUCUCUGCAAUGCGUGUGGAGUUAGGUACAGGUCUGGGCGUCUCUUCCCGGAGUACCGCCCAGCAGCAAGCCCUACAUUCGUCGCAGCAGUGCAUUCGAACUCGCACAAGAAGGUCAUCGAGCUGAGAAGCAAGGGUUGCCAGGAGGCGGUUAUCGGGAUUUUAUCGUCGGCCCAGUAGGAAAUUCAGGUAGCAGUAGUAGUAAUAGUAGUAGUUGUAGUAGUUGUAGGGGUAGCAAUUAUUUCAUUAUAUCUUGAAAAUGAGAACAGUCUUCUUAUUUGAGAGACCUUUCUUUUUGCCUCUGUUUUAUUGCUUUCUGUUCUAAUUUAUUUGAUAUGUUCUUCAUGUACAUAUGAUGGAAUAAGAGGUCGUUAACCCUAUCGUC